GACAUGUUACGAACAUUUUAUAUGGGUAAAUUAUGAGUCUAUUAUCAUAGCUGAACACAUGCAUCGAGUUGUUUAAAUAAAGUUUUGCGUGUUUGCGAUGACCGCAAAGAUGGCUUCCUCUUUACUGAAGGUUGCAGUUACAGGUCUCUCGAGGUGUGCAUGGCACACUUUACCCUCAGUGAGGGCAUUGCGUCUGACUGUACCCGUCGCUCAAGGUGUCCCUCAGUCAUUAUGGAAGUUAGGCAGACUGAAUCAUGUGGCUAUCGCAGUACCAGACCUAGAGAAAGCCACAGCACUGUAUCGUGAUGUGCUGGGGGCUCAAGUAAGCGCCACCGUACCACUCCCUGAGCACGGGGUGUACACUGUGUUUGUAGAACUGGGAAACACCAAAUUAGAGCUUCUGCACCCUCUGGGAGAGAAAAGCCCUAUUGCAGGAUUCCUGCAGAAGAACAAAGCUGGAGGGAUGCAUCAUAUCUGUAUUGAGGUGGAUGAUAUCAACGCUGCAAUAGUUGAUUUGAAGGAAAAGAAAAUCAGGCUGCUCUCCCCAGAGCCACGGAUAGGGGCUCACGGCAAACCAGUGAUGUUCCUCCACCCUAAAGACUGUGAUGGGGUUCUUGUGGAGAUAGAACAAGCCUAGCUAUCACACAUGAGAGUAUCUAGCAUACAGAGACACUUUGAUUUUUGACACUUAAGCUAUUGUGAUUAUAUUAAGAAGAAUGGUAUGAUUCCACUUGUUUCACUAAUCAUUAAUCUGUUAUGGUGUGCUUUAUAUUCUUGGCCUUUUUUUCUGAAGUAAAGAUUUUCUUUAAUCACUUAAUAAAUGGUUAAAGUUAGUUUGAUCCUUUGACUCUUUGCAAGCUCACACAUUCAAAAUGUGUGCAGAGUAUGUAAAUCAUGUUUAAUUUUUUUUUCCCCCUCGCAAUAACAUUUGUGGGGUACACUUGGUAUUUUUCUUGUUUUUUUUUUUAUGAUGAUUACAACAUCCGAAGCCGAAAUAAGCUUAUUAAAUUAUAUGCAUGCUUUAAAUGCUAUGAUAAAAUGUUAGAUAUGUUUUGCUAUUUUUAUGAAUGUGAAUUGAAAUCCUCGCAAGCCUCUCAUCUGGCUCUCAGUGGAACAGACAGAUUGAAGCUUUCUUUUUUUGGCUGACAACCAUGUAUUUGGGAGACAGGUUGGCUCAUACCCAUCUCUCCACUGUAGUCAACCCUCCGCCAAAUAGAAAGCUGGUUUUUGUUCUUAUGCCUUAAAUCUGCUUUUUUGAGAGAGAGGGAGAGAGAGAGAGGGAGAUAACUAGAGGAGUGAGAUUAAGAACUGAUGUUUGUGGGCUUUCUCACUGUGUGGUCUCCAAGGUUUUGUUUGAAUUUUCCUGCUUCAGCACCAUUAGAAUAAAAGGAUCUUUAAUGACGUUUUAA